GGUUUGGUUUCCGAAACGAAAUAUGCUAUAUAAAUGGACCGGCUCCUCUUCAUCUGUAUGCUUGGAGCCAGCAGAGCCAGAGCACCACCGAAAGUAUAAAUCCAAGCAUGAAGCUGUUCGUUGCCGCUGCCCUCUUGGCGCUCGUCGCCACCUGCGCUUUUGCUGAGGAGUUCGUCGAUUACGAGGACGCAGUGGAAGUCGCAGAUUUUGACGGUGCUAGAGUAGUUCGGUCGCCACAGUGGGGCGGCGGCCGCCAGGGAUUCAAUAGAGAAGGCCAGCAUGGAGGCAGGAACCCCCCCGGCGGGCAGCGGGAAGGCGGCUUUGGAGGUGGUUUCGGUGGCCACCAUGGAGGCGGCUUUGGAGGUGGUGGUUUCGGUCGCCCCCAGAUCAGCUCCAGCUCGUCGAACGCGAACGCCGCCUCUCAGAACUUCAACUCCGGCGGAUUCGGCGGUGGCGGUCUCGGCGGUUCUGCCUCAAACGCCAACGCAGCCAGCAACAACUUCAACAGUGGCGGACGCCGUGGUGCGUCCGGCUCAUCUUCCAACGCCGGUGCCGCCUCUCAGAACUUCAACGCCGGCGGAUUCGGCGGUGGCGGUCUCAGCGGCUCUGCCUCUAACGCCAACGCGGCCAGCAACACCUUCAACAGUGGCGGACGCCGUGGUGCGUCCGGCUCGUCCUCCAACGCCGGUGCCGCCUCUCAGAACUUCAACGCUGGGGGUUUUGGAGGUCUGAACGGCGGAGCAUCUGCUGCCAACGCCAAUGCCGGCACCAGCAACGUUGGAUUCGGACGUUAAUUUCGUAUAUUGCCUUUUUCAUUGCACUCGCAACUAACCAUCCAGUCGAUAACUUAUUUAUUUAUUGUGUACCAUCAAGUGAUAUUUAUGUACAAACCGCAUCUGUUACAACUUGAAAUAAAUAUAUUUAAUUUGGCACAAAAAGAA